AUGGCAGAUAUCCUGCUCCAGCAGCUUAGCAAACUAUAUCUUCCUGGGGUUGGAUCAUUGGAGCAAAUCGAUGACUUCACAUUCAAAGUGGCGCACCGCCCCUUGUCAAUUCAUAUGAAUGAACUAGUGAGGGUAGGCACUCUACUACGAUCAAAACUACAAAACAGCGCCGUUGAAUCUUCUUCAUUUUCUUUCGAUGCCCUGGCCGAUCUACACAUGGACCAUUUAACGCAUCAGCGCAAUGACGCGGUCAAAUACGCCCCUGGCUGCCAACGCAAAAAAAAUAGCCCGGCAGCUGUUUCGAGGCUUUCAAGAGAGAACCAACUGGCCACACCUAGCCUGAGCCAAUGCUCCAGAAUACUUAAGCUAUGGUGCGAUGACUUCAAGCCCUCAAAUGUGCUCCUCAAUGAGAACUUGCAAAUCGUUGGGCUUAUAGACUUGGAGUUUACAUAUGCUGCACCAACCGAGAUUUCUUCUGCACCUCCAUGGUGGUUACUGAACGAACAAAUAGAGUAUUGGCCAGAUGGUAUCGAGGCUUGGAUGAAAGUCCAUGACUAUCGUUUGCAGACAUUCCUCAAGGUGUUGAUUAAGCAUGAAGAUGCUCUUUUACGUUAUGGACGACUGGAAGAGGACCAAAUGCUCUCUGGACCAAUGCGGGAGAAACAGCGCAGCGGGAUCUUCUGA